UAUUAUUAAUUUAUCAUUAAUUAAUAUGUCUAUUUUAAGACUAACAAUAGCAAGAUUUAAUAAAACAUGGAUGUAUUUAAAAAAUUAUGCAUAUUCUCAAAAUUUAAACCUUGAAUGUGCAUGUGAUGUAAUACUAGACCCUUUAUUUAAAUUUGUUGAUAAGUAUACCAUAGUUUUAGGUCAAAUAAUGGUUAUCCUUGUUAUUUUUUUAACAACAUUUGUUGUUGUCAUAGCUUAUUGGAUUGGUUUACCAUAUUGGUGGAAUAAUAAUAAGCUUUUAACCAUAUUUUUACUAAUAUUUGGAAAUUGGUUAUUAGUCAAUGUUAUAUUUCAUUAUUAUAUGGGAGUUACUACACCACCUGGCUUUCCUGCUUCAAGAAGUUUGAUGUAUUAUGAUGAAGUAAUUUGUAAGAAAUGUGAUUCUCCUAAGCCACCUCGUACACAUCAUUGUUCGGUUUGUAACAAAUGUAUUCUCAAAAUGGAUCACCAUUGUCCUUGGUUAAAUAAUUGUGUUGGAUUUUAUAAUCAUCGUUAUUUUUUUCUCUACAUGAUGUACAUGACAUUUGGAUCAUUAUUUAUAAUUAUAUUUGGUGCUGAGAUUGUUUUCAAAGAAGUAUUCUUUAGAGAAGAAGAUCCAGAUGGACAUCCAGUUAAAGUCAACACUUCAUUGUCAAAAACAGAUUGGGUAUUAACAUUUCAAGAUGAAUAUGAAAAUAUCAAUUUUGAUUAUGAUCGUGUGGCUGAAUGGAGGUUUUGGUGCAUUAUGGUCAUUACUUUUAUAACAUGUGGAGUAUUUAUUGCAUUAGCUAUUUUAACCAUAUGGCAUAGCGUAUUAAUAAGUUCUGGGGAAACAAGUAUUGAAGGACAUAUAAAUAAAUUUGAAACUGAUAGAUUGAAUGCCAUUAACUUUAAAUAUGUUAAUGUGUAUGAUUAUGGUAUAAAAAUGAAUUGGAUUCUCUUCCUUGGACUUCACAGUGGUAGAGGUUGGAGACAUAUUAUAUUUCCUUCGGCUCAUAAACCUUUAGGAAAUGGAUACAUAUGGCCAACUAAAAAUGAUAUAUUUGAAGUAUUUUAUAAUGAAAAAUUCAAAACAUAAUGGCCACACAAUUUUUUCUAUCCAAGGUAAAAAUGAUGAUACUCUAGUGUAAACUCCUGCUGAAUUAACAGUUCCACAACCUUUUCCAAAU